UGCAACAUCUAAUGAACUUUGAAUUACAGAAAAUAGUUGACAGGAAGAGAGGUGUGAAAAUACAAAGAUUUAUAAAUCAAUUGCUAGGAGACCGAUUAACUCCAACAAGAGAAAGAAGAGUGUUCAAAGCUUGAAGACAUCUAAAGACUGAACAUACAGAGCUCGACAGCCUGCAGGACGAGGCGGCAAAAGAGCUGCACUGGACGAUAAGAAGGUACUCGGCCUUAGAACUCUUUGAUUGACAGUAAGAUCAAAAAACAGCAUUAGUCACAAUGCAUCGGAUGACAAUUCUGGGGCUGGUCGUUUCGGCAGUGGUCUUGCUGGUAGUUGGGAUUUUGAUUGGUCAUUUUGCAAUCAUUCCUUCACAAGUUUCAUGGCUAAAAGAAAUGAGCAAAGAUGGAGAUCCCAAAUACAGCCGUCAACUCCACCAAGAGAUCCAGGCUGAGGAGAUUCACAAAAACUUACAGUUUUUUUCUAGCAGGCCUCAUAUAGCUGGAAGUUUCCAGGAGGAGGAGGUUUUGGUGAAGUAUAUACAUAACACUUGGAAAUCAAGUCUACAUGGAUCCAAGAUCUACAACUACACCGUUCUUCUCUCUUACCCCAAUGCAAGUGAUCCCAAUUAUGUGUCCAUUUUGUCUGCUGAUGGGGUGGAAAGUGAUCUCUCAGCCAAAGUGGAAAAGAUUCUCAGUCCUGACCAAAAUGAUUCCACUGUGGUAAAUCCUUUCAACGCCUAUUCACCAUCAGGCGUUAUUGUGGGAGACCCAGUUUAUGUGAAUUACGGAAAAGUUGAAGACUUCUAUUACCUAACGCGGGAUCUGUCAAUGAAUCUAACUGGGACGGUAGCAAUUGCCAGAUAUGGUCACAUUUUCAGAGGUGACAAGGUGAACAACGCAGAGAGGUUUGGCUGCGCUGGAAUGAUUUUAUAUUCUGAUCCAGCAGACUACGUGGUUGGUAGCCUUGACCAAGUGUACCCUGUGGACUGGUGGCUACCAGGAACGGGGGCUCAGAGAGGAACUCUAUUCAUAAAUAAUGGUGACCCGCGAACACCAUUCUACCCAUCUACUAAUUCUGCAUUUUUCUUAGAUGAAAAGGACAUCAAAUUACCCAAAAUUCCAGUGACACCCAUCGGUUACAAUGAUGCUGUAAAAUAUCUCAGUAAGUUGUCUGGAAUGGAGGUGCCAACUAAAUGGAAAGGCAAUCUGAACAUCACGUACAGAGUUGGACCCGGGUUUGCAUCUCCUUAUGAAAAGAGCAAAAUAAAACUUUACGUGAAAACACAUAACGUGGAGAAAACAAUCAGGAAUGUCUUUGGAUUUAUUGAAGGACAAUAUGAGCCUGAUCGUUAUGUGCUUGUGGGAAACCACCGAGAUGCCUGGGUAUUUGGUGCCAUUGAUCCAUCCAGCGGCACAGCGACUAUGAUGGAGCUGAGCAGAGCGCUAUCAAAGCUAAUACAAACAGGUUGGCGCCCAAGAAGAUCCAUUCUGUUCUGCAGCUGGGGAGCAGAGGAAUAUGGACUUAUUGGUUCUACAGAAAGUGUAGAAGAACUGGGAAAAAUAUUAGGACAUCGGGCCGUCGCUUACCUCAAUGUGGACCUCGCCCUUGCAGGAAAUUCCACCCUUUAUGCACUUGCUACUCCCAUCCUGCAUAAACUUUUGUUUGCAGCAGCCAAAAAGGUAGAAAACCCUAAUCCAGAUGAGGUACGAGCAGGACGCAGAUCUGUGUAUGACACAUGGCUUAAGAAUGGACCAUCAUCGCAUGAUCCAAACUUACCAUAUGUGGGGAACUUGGGCUCAGGAAGUGACUACUCACCAUUCCUGCAACUUCUUGGAGUAUCUGCAGUAGAUGUGAGAUACAACUAUGACCAGAAGUAUUUCUUAUCAUCAUACCCCAUGUAUCAUUCUGUCUAUGAAACUGUGGAUUUGGUUUCACGUCUUAUGGACCAAGGUUUCUACUAUCAUCAAGCUGUUGCACGGCUGUGGGGUGAAAUGGCCCUUCGUCUAGCGGAUGACGUGAUCCUGCAUUUUGACUGUGUGCAUUAUGCAGAGACGUUGCAAAUAAUUGUCAAUGACGUGCAAAGCUCAUAUGGUCCUAAGUUACUGGAACAUAACAUUACCCUGACUUCAAUCAAGGAGGCAGUUGGUGAAUUUCUCCAAGCAGCUAAGGCCUUGCAGUCACGGGCAGAGACAGUAAAUAGAGAAAAUCCGUUAGAGGUGAGAAAGAUUAAUGAUCAACUCAUGCAACUUGAACGAUCCUUCAUUGACCCACUUGGAGUUGCUGGCAACAUAUACUAUAGGCAUGUGAUUUAUGCCCCCAAUCAGCACAAUCUGUACGCCUCCUCCAGUUUUCCUGGGUUGGCUUCUGCAAUGUUUGAUAUUGAAAAUGAUCCAAACCAAGAAAAACGCUGGCAACAAGUUAAAAAGGAAAUUUCUAUCAUUGCUUACACCAUAGCCUCUGCUGCUAGCACCAUUCAGGACCCAAGGAGCAUAGGCAACACACAACUCUGAAGUGAGAGCUUACGUCACAAUAUCAGAAGAAUUUUAUGUAUCCACAGCUUAUGUAAGAACUUGUGACUUCUAUGCACCGACAACUCUCCAGCAUCAUUUUUUUUUUGUACAGAUGUAUUGAACAUAGUUACAAGAAAUGUGUCAUCAGAAAAUGACCUAUCGUUUAGAGCCACUGUACUUUCACACAAUUUCAUUUAAUAGAGAAUGGUGUAACUAGCGAAUUUCUAAAUCACAAACAUGGGUGGUAAGCUGCAUACAGUGCUGGCAGAAGGAAGAUGCCCCCAGCUUCUGAGUGAAAUUCAUCUAGCUGUGCAGCUGAAACAGAAUAAUAUGGUUGAAAAAAACAUUAAAGAAGCCCAAACAAAUGUUUCUUCAAAGUUAUGAAAAAGCAAUUAUGCCAUUUUUUUUUAAAGAGUCAGGUACGAUUUAAAUCGAGUUAUGUUAAACUUUUUUUUUUAUUUUAAAGCAAUAUGUGAAGCAAUAUAUAUAUAAAGUGGCCAACUUGUUUAAGAGAGGGAUUGUUAGCAGUUCUACUAUAGAGGACAUGCAAAUAAUAAGUAAAUUACUGUUUGUUGUUUCCGAGUAUAUUAUAGCUAAUCAAAAAUGUAACCUAAACCUCAUGAAGUGUAUAAACCUUAUUUUGUCUUCAUAAAUAUAACUUGCCAUUAGGAUUUAAAAGCAGAUUUCAAAGAAACAUCACUUGUUUUUUAUCAUUUUUGUUUCAAUAAAAGUUUUUAAAAGAA